UGCCACCCUGUUGCACUGCAACCGCUGCAAAAUUUGAAGCUCAAGUUUUCCUUUUCACGCCUCUGCUCUCCAGCUCCCGCUUUUAUAAAGUUCUUUCCCUUGUUCUUAGUUUCCUGAACAGCUUGGUUCUUAUUUCCUAUUUUCUGUCUUGCUGCCAUCACUCCUCCUCCAAGCUAUUCUUGUCAAACUAUUAAUUUCAUCUUAUUUGACAGUACAGCAGCCCUCCAUGACUGUGCUUCGCUCAACAAAUUAUCAGUUACACCAACCAUAAGACUCUUUUUCACUCCACUGACUUUCCAGAAGAGGCAGUUUGUAAAAUGCAAAGUAAUAUUAAUGUUUCUGCUCAGGAGUUUCCACUUUGCAUUGCUAAAGCUUUCAUUUUGACGGAGCUGUAUUCUGAAAAGGCAUGACUAGCACAGGGUGUCUGCUCUAUCCAUCUGCACCACUGGCUCAGAAUAUCAAAUAAGUCCCAGUUUCUUUAAUAUUAGAUGUACUUUUUUCCUUACCUAGAGCAAAUUCAAAUCACCACUACUUCCACAGCAGAGGUGAACCCUGUCAGAGAACAUACUGAAACCAAACCAGAACAACAGGAAAAUGUUUGUAUUGAUUUAACAAAACUGAUUUUGUUAGAUGAGUUUAAUGCACCAUUUCAGGGAUGCCCUUCACCUACAAGAAUAAAGCUGGCUUUGGUCUGUAAUAACAUUCUAUGAAACUACCACUCUGAUUUAAAUGGUUUUAAAACCAAACCUGUAUUUAAACAGAUGGAUUUUCAUUUGAAGAGAGAGACAAACCAUAAAAACUUCUCCAGUGGUCCUUUCAUAAAGAGCAUUUUAACACCACAAACAAGGCAUCACAAAGAGAUGAAAAACCACCAGAAAACAUCUCCACAGCCAACACCCCCAUUCCUGGGCUGAGAAUGGAAGAAUAACAAGUACAGUUUUUUUUCUCUGCAGAUGAUUUUGCACAGAGCAAGCUGAGAAGCAGCUGAAAGCAGAGCUGCUACACCUCUUGUUAGGAGGGGUGGCCUUUGAAGCACUGACUAAUCACAGGGCACACCUGAUCUGCUUUCCUGGCUCACAAAACCAGCAGCUAAUGCAUCUCUGAGCCCAUCCUUCCCCCUUUGCUGAGGGAUUGGAUGAGCUCAGUGCUCACACGGGAGGAGCUCCUCAUUACCUGCUGGCAGCGAGCCCAAAGACAUGUCCCAGACUGGGGGCCCUGACAUCACUGCCUUUCCAGCAUUUCCAAAUGGAAAAACAGCUGGAUCUGGUUAGCUGCAUGUCCAGUUAGCCCAGUAUGCUGGUCCUUCCAGUAACCAUGGCUGAGGGAAAAAAAAAAUAAAUAAAAGGGACAAAGGAAAACCCACUGUUCUAUGGCUGUAUUGCCCAGCUGGCCAUUGGUAGCCUGCAGGGGACCUUUCUUCCACUAAUUUGGUUUGGGUUGGGUUUUUUACCCUCAAAUCUAUUUAUCUUUAAUCUUCUGCAGUAUCUAGUUAUAGAUGUAACUCAUAUAGAUAAAACUCAUUAGUUUGACAAUUUAAUACUUGUUUAAAAAUACACUCCCUUGAUUUAAAUGUGCACGGGUAGGUGCUCCCCUUGAACCUUCUGUGGAAAGUAAUAAUGGAAUUCCUCUGUCCCUUUCCUUUCUCCAUGUCAUUUAUUAUUCUGAAAGCUUCUACAAGAUUCUCUUAAUUCAUCUUCUUUUUUAACAAGUCCUAGGCUUUCUAGCCUCUUUCUUUUCAGCCAAAAAACUUUAAGCCAGUUAAUGAUUUCUUGUUAACUAGUAACUACCCCUGGAUACAAGCAGUUCCCAGCAUCUUAACUGCCUCAAACAACAGAAUCCUGUUUCCACAGUCUCUCCAUUAAAUCUUGGACAUAAAUCUAUAAAUCCAUUAAACACUACUGCAUUAACCAUACCUCUGAGACAGAUGGAAUUCCCUGAUGUGACCUAAGGCAGAACUGCUGGGAUAAAAGACUUGCUCAAACAGGGCAGGGAGGGUUUGCCUUUCCUCCUACCUGUGCUUUACCCACCAGACUGUCCUUAGCACGGGCUUUGUUUUGGGAGGGGGGAAAAAGGGUAGAAAAAUUUUUGCAAUUCAGGGCGAGGGUGGCAGCGGCAGAAAAUUGGAGCAGAGCACUUUAAGAGAGCCCUGGGAAGCUGUAACCUGAAGCCUGCCGAAGGCUGGGCUGGGGGAAGCAGCAAAAAGCAGAUGUGGCUGCACCAAACCCGCACUGUCCUCGCCUCGCACCCGCUGGGAGCCCGGACAGCAGCGGCCGAGAGGAGCCCCAGGUAAGGGACAGCUCAGGGACAGCUCGCCUGUGCCACUGCCAGCGGCCAGGGGAGCACAGGGCAGGGGCUGAGGCUGGGUAGCUCUCAGAGGACAUGGGAAAUGGGAAGAACGGUUCUCCUGCAGGUGGGAUUCCCACCAAGAGACCUCACCUGGGAUCCGGAGCCAUCAGCAUCAGCUUUGCCCCCGAGGCUGAGCUGUGCUCGGGAACUGGGGUGGGUUUUCUGCCUUUCAAACAUCUGCCUUGCAGCUGGGAACACGUUUUUAGUCUGUGAUGGUGUGGUAGUCAAGUCCUCUGGAGCUGGUGGUUGCAGGAUGCUCCAGGAGCUGGUGCUGUGCAACAAGCAGAGCAGUCUGCACUCAUGGGUCUUGUUUCACAGCACCUCUAAAGUCAGAAGUGUUUAAAAAUUAUGUGAGAGACUUAUACCACUGUAUGUGGAUAGUAAAAUAUUUCCUUUGCACCUGCAGGCCUUCACAAAUCAACAAGUCCCAGACACAAAGUUCCUUCUCAGCUCAUUUCUCAAGGUUUUCUUCCUAUACCUUUUGACUGUGCCAUUACUCGCUGUUACUCCUCUCCUCCUUCAAGGCAGCCACAGGUUUUAAUAUCAUGCCUGAAACCAUCCCACCUCUGAUCCAACCAAAUUCUUUUCUCUGCAUUUCUGGCUGUGUGCUAAGAGAAAUACAAAUAGAAUCCAGAUGUUCAGGCCAAUUCAAACGCAAAAGGCUUUGUCUUUUUAAAAUGGAAAUUGCUUUUUGGCGAAGCCUGAGAAAUAUGAAGCUGGUGACAGUACUGGCAAAAACAAUACAAUCUGCAAAACCAUUCUCUGCUCCCAUGCUCCCAGGAGCUCAGUGUAGCUGGAAGCAGAGGUUGUGUUGAGAUUAUUUUCUUUUUCUUCAGAGAAAAGGUUAUGCUCCAUGGAAAAGCUUCAGCUCUAAGCUAGACUGGGCCAAACUUCUUCCUCUCAGCAUGCAGGAGUGCAGCUUGGUACAGGCAUCUUCACAGAGCCCUUGCUAAGGCCUGUCAGAUUUAGACUCAUGCAGGACUUCUGUCAUCUCUCUUCCAGUGUGGUGCCUGGUCAUUGUAAAUCUCUGGAAUGAUAGGAGCAAUCCCAGCAUCAUAUCCACUAUCACACCACCAGACACACCAAACAGUAAAUCCUCUUGAUGCACAUCUUCUGCAGCAGAAACCUCACCUAUUCUGCAGCUGGGAUGGCAGCAGGUCGCAGGAUGCAAGGGGGAAAGAAGGGGAAAGAGGGUACCACUUCUGUUACACUGGCUGAACACUGAUGAGAGCUUAAAACCUCCCCUGUGAUGCUUUUUUCUCCAAGGGGGAGCUGCCUCCAGAAGAAAAGGCAGGGAACAGAAACAGCAAACUGCCUCUUACUCUGCCUGAACAGGGGCUUGAGCUGGGGCUGUUGUAGCCACGUGUAUUUCUAGCAGCAGGCGUGUUUUCUUUGUAGCUGAAGUUAAUGUGAAACACAUGUUCUUCCUCUGAUUUCUCUAGUUGCCUGGAUGACAGGGGUUAGUUAAAUACAACCCUCUUCCUUUAAUUUCUGGGAAUCUAUCUAAACAUUGCUUCAGACCAGCCUCAGUGGCGUCUGUUCUCGGGGGCAGGACGUUUCAGUAGCUCUGGUUUACCCACAGCAAAGCCCUGGGUUACUCAGUGCCCUCUGGACCAGACAGAUCUGUCUGGAAGGGCCACUCAUCCCAGUACUGGAGUGAUAAAAAGUGGAUUCCACAGAAAGAGCAGACUUGGGGAGUUUGGAGCUUUUCUCCCACCUCCAUUAAAAAUGUCAAAUAAGCCAAGCUCUGCCUUUCACUUCUCUAGGUUUCCUUAUUGUCUUUUAAGAAAGCUCUUCUAUUUUACUUCAUCAGAUUGCAAAUAUGAAGCAAAGGAUGGACGCAGGUACAUGUAGACACAAGAAACAGCAAACUGCUGCCUGAGGCAGGUAAUUUGUAUAUCAAAGCAGCAACCAGUCAGUGUUGCCUUCUGCCCUAUUCAACAAUAUGGAUUUGGUACUUUUUAUAAAUGAAGCCUAAGACUCAAAAGUAAUCAUUUGGUGCUUUUCUGGACCUUGGCACUCAGUAACUGCCAGCAGCAGUGUGGCUGGGGCCACACACAUCUGCUUUUGUGCUCAGGCACACCCACAACGUGUGCUUGCCCAAUUUUAAAGUCACUGGGGCCAUUCUGGUUGAAUAUUUCCAACUAGAGAAGGAAACCUGGCUCAGAUCAGGUGUGUGUCUCACAACUGGAAGGACAAGCAGCAGCAUCUGUCACUGCAGCUUCUGUCACAGCCAGGUACAGUGAAUAGAUGUGGUAGAAAUGUAUUUUCCUGAUUGCUCUAACUCUCUCUGUCAUGUUCUUACCCUGUAGGUCCAGGCAUGCAGAUUGCAGUGGUUCUCCUUUUCCUGGGUCUCUUAACUGUCCCAACCAGAACCCAGAACUCAGCUACUGAGCAGAACUCUGCCACAGCUGAUGGAGCCACUGGUGAGGAAGAGGAAGAUCCAUUCUACAAGAGCCCUGUGAACAAGCUGGCAGCUGCAGUCUCCAACUUUGGCUAUGACCUGUACCGCCAGCAGUCCAGCCGGACAGCCACGGCCAACGUGCUGCUGUCUCCCUUCAGCCUGGCUACUGCACUUUCUGGUCUCUCACUUGGGGCUGGAGAACGAACUGAAAAUGUGAUUUCUCGUGCCCUCUUCUACGAUCUGCUCAACAAGGCUGAGGUGCACGACACCUACAAGGACCUCCUGAGCAGUGUGACUGGGCCAGAGAAGAGCAUGAAAAGUGCCUCCCGGAUCAUCCUGGAGAAAAGACUCAGGGCAAGGCCUGGAUUUCACAGCCAGCUCGAGAAGUCCUACAAGAUGAGACUGAGGGCACUGAGUGGCAACACCCAGCUGGACCUCCAAGAAAUCAACAACUGGGUCCGACAGCAGACAAAGGGAAGGAUUAUGAGGUUCAUGAAGGACAUGCCCACAGAUGUCAGCAUUCUCCUUGCUGGGGCUGCCUUCUUCAAGGGGACGUGGAAAACCAAGUUUGACACCAAGAAGACUGCCCUGAAGGACUUCCACCUGGAUGAGGACAGAACUGUGAAGGUGUCCAUGAUGUCAGAACCCAAAGCCAUCCUGAGAUAUGGUUUUGACUCAGAACUCAACUGCAAGAUUGCCCAGCUGCCCCUGACAGAGGGAAUCAGUGCCAUGUUCUUCCUGCCCACAAAGGUGACCCAGAACAUGACUCUGAUUGAGGAAAGCCUCACUUCUGAGUUUGUCCACGAUGUGGACAAGGAGCUGAAGACAGUCCAUGCUGUGCUAAGCCUGCCAAAACUAAAGCUGAACCACGAAGAGGCACUUGACAGCACACUAAAGGAGACAAGGCUCCAAUCACUUUUCACAUCACCUGAUUUCUCCAAGAUUUCUGCCAAACCUCUGAGAUUAUCUCAUGUGCAACACAAGGCAAUGCUGGAGCUUAGUGAGGAUGGGGAAAGAUCCACACCAAACCCUGGGGCCAAUGCUGCUCGUCUGACCUUCCCCAUAGAAUACCAUGUGGACAGACCUUUCCUUCUUGUGCUGAGGGAUGAUACCACUGGAACCCUCCUCUUCAUUGGCAAGAUCCUGGAUCCCAGGGCUGUUUAGAUCCCUUCACA